GCGGGCGGAGCGCGGCGGGAACGGGGGAGCGGCGGCGGGGACGGCUCUGAGCGCUGUGCAGCCCCGGCCGCAGCGAUGGAGCCGCGGUGCCCGCCCUGGCUGCAGCUCUGUCCCCGGCCGUGCCGCCUCCUGCUGCUCUCGCUGUGCUCCGGCCCCGGAGGGGCCAUGGCCGCGCUGCGGGCGCUGCAGCGGGGCGGGCCCCGGCACGGAGCGGGGCUGCCGUUCCCCUGGCCGGCUCUCACCGCGGCCCUGUGCGCCGAGGAGCCCUCGCUGGAGGGGCCAGAGGAUGCCCUGGCCGUCAAGCCACGGCUGCUGCUGCUGCCCGUUCUGUGCCAGAGAAACCUCUUCUCCCUGCUCCUGGUGGUGCAGGAUGCAGUGCCACGGGACUGCCUUCACCAGCUGCUCCAGGCCUUGGAGAAGGAUUCCCGUGUGGAUCCCUGGGUGCAGGCACUGGGGGAUCUGCUCCAGCAGGGACCAAGUGCACAGGAGAGCUCCCCACAUCCCACUGUCCUGUCUGCUGGGUGCCAGCAGCAGCUCAAGGGCCUGUGCCAGAAAAUUGCCCAGAAGAAACCAGAGAGACAAGGAAAAUUGAGCUGGUGCUUCAGCAAGCAGGCUGGUGCCCCUGACUCUGUGCCUCAAGGUGGGGAGCGUAAGGAAGUGUCAGAGGAGAGCCUGGAGGUGGACAGUGAGAGAGGGGGGAAGAGGUUGCUGGAGGAGGUGGCAUUUGAGCCCCAGGAAUGUGGAGAUGUGGCAGAGAUGGAAGAGGAGGUGCCUGAGGAGCCUUCAGGGGAUGCAUCUGCUCAGGGCACAGAGAAAGCUGCUCAGGACAGCUCCCAGCAGGAUGCAGCUGGGGAGCCCAGGAGGAUUUCCCAGACAGAGCUGGCAGCAGAGGUCCAGUCCUUUGUCCAGGUGCACGGACAGGGGCUGAAGAUGCUGCUGCUGCAGGAGUCCAGUCACUCUGAGCUGCACCCCCCUUCCAAGCUGAGCAUCCUGAACACCUGCACCCCCAGCCAGCUCGAGGGGCUGUGCUCCUUCCUGCAGCUCUCCACGUGCCCCGAGCCCUCCCUGGUGCGUUUCUGCAGCUGGCUGCUGCCUCUGAGCCCUGCCCUCAGCCACACCAGCGCAGCCAUCCUGGCCCAGCAGCUCUUCCUCAGGCGGGUCCUGGCCCUCACCCAGCCGCCUUCCCGACACCUCAUGGCUGCCCUGAUGUCGUUUUGCUCCAAGUAUUCCCAUGCCCUGUGCCGUGUGCUGGUGGCUGCAGUGCUGCAGGGGCCAGGGGAAGGUGCUGAGCAGACCAAGCUGUUGUGUGAGCUGGUGGAGGAGUGCCUGGAGCCCCACUCUGUGCAGCUGGUGCUGAGCCAAGUCCUGGAGGUGCCUUUGUCAGAGAAGCUCCUGCCAGUGCUGCAGGCUGUGCUGGGGCGGCAGGAGAUGCUGCCCCCUGAGCUCCUGGAUCUGCUGGUCCUGACUCUGUGCCAGCAGGCUCCAGCCUUUGCCACGUCCCUGAACUUCGCCAGGCUGGUGACAGCCGUGCUCACGGUGUACCAGAGCCAGGUGAGCCCAGCUCACAGGAGCAGCCUGGCUGCUGUCCUGGACCGGAGCACUGCGAUGCUGAAGAAAUCCCUGCAGGCUGUGCUGGAAGGGGCCAGGUGACCACCCAAAGGAAUCGUGAGGGGGCAGCUUCCUCGCGCAGAGGAUGCAGCAGCAGCCACAGCCACCCUCACUGGGUCCUCCCUGCUCAGGUGGGACCCUGUGAGUGGGGUCUGCUCCCCACGGAGUGCCCAGGGCCUCCUGGCAGCACCUGGUCUGAGGGGGCUCCUGCUGGGCAGUGCCAUCCCAGCCCCCCUCACUCCUGGGGCUCAGAGGGGUCUUGGUUGAACAAUCCAUGUGUUCCCAUGAGCAACCCAUGUGUUUCCAGGUGUUUCUCUGUGUGUUCUCCUGCCACACUCUACAAGGUGACCUGGCCCCCCUGUGAUGGGGGCAGGACACAGCCCAUGGAGAGCUUCCAGCUCCUGACUUCUUACUGCCCAAAACCCAUCACUGGGCCAGGAGAGACAUUGAUUUGAGGCUGUAUGAAGUUGAUAAUUCUGGAGUUACUCCACUAUCUUGAUUUUACCUCAGCUCAUUCCAAGGUGCAAAAACUGUGCCACGUCCACGUUCCUCCCCAUAGCCAAGCGGUGCAGGCUGGGCUGCUGCUUUGUGUAUCUGAUCUGCUGGGAUUUACAGAUCUCUGGGUGCAGGAGAGCAGCAUUUAACUGAAUUCCAGCUGAAUUUAGCUGGGAAAUUUGAAUGUUCUGCUUUAAACCCACCUUUUUUUCCUGUUUGCCUGGCCUGUGAGGGGCCCUGCUGUGUAUGACUCAUUUCUGGUGAGGAUGACACUGCUCAUGGCCCUAAUAGUGCAUGACUGCUCCAAGUUCUAUCCUGUAUUCUUGAAAGUACCUACUGGAAACCUCAUCCAGGCACCUCCUGGUCUGAGAACUGGGAAGAAAAGGUUGGGACAGAGAACUCAGACAGCUAGAGCUGAGGUUUCAGUGGAGGUUUUGAAGCAUUGCAUAUUUCAGGAGCUAUUUAAAAAUCCAUAAACAUCUCCAAAGGGAGAAGGUGAAUUAGAACGUGCAUGUGUGACUUGUGACUGCUCCAGGUUUGCUCAAUAAUGUUCAGAUCCCAGCCAGAGGAAGGAAACUCUGAAGCAUUAGGUGACACUCUUAAGGCUGAGAGCCAGGUUUUUUUACAUAAGAAUCUCUUAAGCUAUUUUAGGUUGCAGUGGACUGAUGAGGCUUCAAAAUCCGCAUUAGCCGGAGGAUGGAAACCUCCAGGGAGCCGGAUUGUUGAUGUGUUUGCAUUCCACUGAGUUAGUGGCUGAGUAAAGUGAAGCUAUUGUAGGGCUGCCCAAAACACGACAUAAAUAGAAAUUGUGCCAUGAUCAUCAAAGGUCUGAGCCUGCUCUUCUGGCUUUAUUAGGCAGCAGGCUCUGAUCUUUGCAGUUUCCCUGCAGAGCUUCUCCCAAGUGGCCUCGGUGUCACUGUCCCCAGUGCUCUGCCUGGCUGUGGCUGUUGGUCACAUGGAGGUGACCCCUGCCUUGUGGCAAGAGCCUUCCUGGCCCUGGUUUUGCCUUUGCCUAGUGACAAACCAACCAAAAGCUCUGUGUUGCUCUGUAUUACAGGGUGACAACAGGGUGAACUCUCUGCUUGCUGUGACCCCUGGGCUGGCAGGGAUGACACAGUGACCUCAGUCAGCUGACGCUGCCUGUGCCAUCACCUGGCACUGACGUGUUUGAUGAAAAUCCUUUUGCUGGGAUUUUUCUUCUGAGAAGCCUCAGAACAGAAAUGGAACCAAUAACGAUCUGCUGGCUGGAGAUGGUUUAGCAACCGGGGCAUCUUGGAUUGGUCUCCUGUGCAUUGCUUCUACUUGAUGACCAAUCAUGCAGCCCCCAUGUAGGGGCUGUGAGCAGUCCCAGGUUUUUAUUAUUCAUUCCUUUCCAGCUUUCUGAUGUCUCCUUGCUCUUUUAAUAUAGUUCUAAUACAUAAAAUAUUAAAUGAGCCUUCUGAAAGGUGGAGUCAAGAUUCUCAUCUCUUCCCUUGUCCUGGGGAUGGUCAAACAACACCACAAUGACCAGCUUGAGCUGGUCUGGGCACCACCAAAUAAAAUAUAAUAAAAAGUUUUAAAAAUAGAAAAAUUAAAAACUACACUAAAAAUAAUAUAAAAUUAAUAAAAAAGAAGAAAAAAUAGGUAAAAAACAAAAUAAAGGAAAAGACGAAAAGUGC